AUUAUUCAUAUUGUUUUCGCGCUGAUAUCAGAAUCGGUGAGAAUUAUUAUUCUAAUUUUUUAGUGGUAAAUAACAGAUUGUGUCCGCCGCUGACGGAUUGCAAAUCAUACGUGUACAACUGGGGUGAUCACCGUCAUCGCUUUUCUGUUAUUUUCCCCAAUUUUUUAAUAAUAAAAAUAUUCGUUUCUAAUUAUUAUUCAUAACAUCAUCGCACGUUCGGUUUCCGUAAUAGGCAUUAAUCCGAAUAUCGUAAGUGCGUCUAUCCUGAAAACGCGAUUAUUAACAAACUUUGCACUGGUCGAGUAACUGUUCGACGUAGUCCAUUCGACACCAUCGACACGCUUCAGCCAGAAGUUAGAAUGACAAUGAAGUAAUUUGGCCAUAGAGAAAAUUCUGUUGGAGCGACACUUCAAGAAGCCAUGGAGUGCAAGGCGUUUUUCUCGUGGUGCAGCCGGCCGACACACCUGCCACACGUUCUUAUUCCGUCCCGCGUAAACCAUUAUUAUGUUAUUAUUAUUUGCAUAAUAAUAAUAAGAAUAAUAAUAAAAUAUAUUUUAUUUAUGGAAAUAAACGAAACCCGCGGCCGACCUAACGAUACACGCCCAUAGCAGCUGAGCGGACAUGCGCAUGCAAAACGCGACCCCGCCGCCGCACAAACGGUGAGAAGACCAUGAUUAUUUUUUCUUCUGUUUGGCCACCGCCGCCGCCGUCAUCACCGCCACCGGCAUGUUGGCCGACGUCUUCGACAGGGUGAUACCGGGCCGGCGGCGAUCGCAAUAUCUGCAUCGGGUGAACGUGGAACGCGCUCCUGUGCGGCCGCCGCGAUUGUCGUCCGGCAGGCCCCACAGCUACCACGGCUGUAGCGGCGGAGGCCUGGGCGUCCAAGACGACGGUCUGCUCAAAGCCGGCGGACGGAAGUUGGCGGCCAAAUUUCUAGCGUCCAGGGCUGUGGUGACAGACACCCUAGAAGCGGCCGCGGCUGCCGUAGCCGUCCGAAAACCCCGUCAGCCGCUACGUCGAAGACAGGCUGUCGAUUCGGCCAGCAACGGCGGUUUCUCCAACGUGUCGCACACUUGGCGUUUCAAACGACUCAGCUGCGGCAGCCAUGACAGGUCCGAGUUGCCCGAACAAGCGGAAAUGGCGGAGAGCGGUAGCCGAGACGGAAGCGCCCCCGCCGCGGCCAAGACCGGAUCGGUCAAAGUCCAUCUGCCCAACAACGGAUUCAACGUAGUAAAGUUUAUCGACAACAUCAAUGUCAAGGGAAUCAUAUCGCUGGUCACCGGACGUCUGGCCAACGGUUGUCCGCAUUAUCAAGGCGUUUACGGUCUGCGUCUGUAUCAUCCGCUGUCCGGUGACGUUCACUGGCUUCCCCAAGACUGCACGAUGUCCGAGAUUUACAAAAAAUAUGAUGAACAAUACCCGAUGUCAGAGUGGAGGUUCGAGUUGCGCGUGCGAUACUCUCCCGACGACCUGGACGACCUGUACGAAACGGACCGGUUCACUUACUUCUUUCACUACGACCAAGUCCGGUACGAUUAUCUGAGGAACAACGACCUGGUUCGCGUCGACACCGAGUUGGCCGUGCAAAUGUGUUGUCUGCAGAUACGGUGCUUCUUCCGGGAAGUGUCCCAAAUGUCGUUGGAAAAGAAAUCCAACCUGGAGUACUUGGAACGUGAGAUCGGACUCAAUAAGUUCCUGCCGUACUACGUCCUAGAGUCGACCAAACCAAAGAAUCUCCGAAAAAUGAUCCAACAACAGUACAAAAAAAUCUCUCAAAUCCCGGAAAAGGAUUGCGUCAAACAGUUCCUAAGUCUCGUCUGGUCGUUCUACAAGUACGACGAAGAAUUGUUCAAAUGCUCGAUCGGAUCUGGUUGGACCAUACCGGUCGAUUUGGUGAUCGGACCGCGACACGGCAUUUCGUAUGUCAACAGCCAAGGAUCUACCCCCAGCAAAAUGGCCGAUUUCGCGCACAUCGAAAACAUCCAAACCCUCGUGUCCGAAUGCGAAACUCACCGAAAAGCACUGGUCCAGUUAAGAGUGGCGGAUUCGACGGAUCCCCUCGUGUUGAGUUGCUCUACGCUGGAGCACAUGUACAGCCUGGCCAGCCUCAUCGACGGUUACUGUCAGCUGGCUAGAAAAUCCAACGUGUCGCUGUGGGACAAAAAAGCCGCUAUAUGGAAUCGGUUCCCGUGUCCUUGUGGCUUCAAAGAGCAAGGGAGAGCAAAAGUCAAAAGCAGUCCGGCGAGGUUCGCUGACGAUUACACCGAUGACGGCCCGUUGGACGAAGAAGGAGACUAUUCGACUCUCGCAAAUUGCAACUAUGAACUAUUCCGCGAUCAGAUCGAGUUGGGCGAGACCAUCGGCGAAGGUCAAUUCGGUGACGUGCACAAAGGCAUUUGUCAGAUGCGCACCACGAAAAACGGCCCUAGCAACGCCGUGGCGGUUGCCAUAAAGACUUGCAAGCCGGACGCGGACAUGGCGACCACGGACAAGUUUCUGGAAGAAGCCUACAUAAUGCAACAGUUCGACCAUCCGCACAUCAUACGGUUGAUAGGCGUGUGUUGUUCGCCGCCCGUUUGGAUAGUCAUGGAGCUGGCCAAACUCGGCGAACUCCGGGCCUACUUGCAAAACAAUCAGGCGCACCUGGACUUGGCCACGCUCAUACAGUACUCGUAUCAGCUGUCCACGGCCCUUUCGUAUCUGGAAUCCAAGAAAUUCGUUCACAGGGAUAUCGCCGCCAGAAACGUGCUGGUCUCGUCGCAUCACUGUGUCAAGCUGGCCGACUUCGGGCUGUCCCGGUGGGUGCAAGACCAGAGCUACUACAAGGCGUCCAAGGGCAAACUGCCCAUCAAAUGGAUGUCGCCGGAGUCGAUCAAUUUCCGACGGUUCACGACGGCCAGCGACGUCUGGAUGUUCGGUGUUUGCAUGUGGGAAAUACUGAUGAUGGGCGUCAAGCCGUUCCAGGGGAUCAAGAACAACGACGUCAUCGGCAAGAUCGAAAACGGCGAGCGACUGGCCUUGCCGCCCCGUUGCCCGCCCAGACUGUACAGCCUGAUGUCGCAGUGUUGGUCGUUCGAGCCUAGCAAGAGACCCACGUUCAAAGACAUCAAAGAAGUCCUCAACGAGAUCCUCAUCGAAGAGAAACACCAACAAAAGGAAAACCUGCGCCGGGAAAACCGUAGAGUACACACUUUGUCUUGGGGUUCCAGCGGCUCUCUGGACGAUCCGUCGGCACCACCCAAACCAUCGCGUCAGCCCAGCACGGACAACAAGUCAGACUUGCCCGUGUCAACUUACAUAGUAGCCCAGAACGCCGAAGUAUUGGCUCACCUGCUGAAGGAGAACGAACUUCGGGGCGUUAAUCCGUCAGUGUACACGACGCCGGCCACCGGAUUCAACACGAUGACGGUAGAUUUUCUCGCCGACUUGGACGACGACAAAACCAUAUCGGCUGGCAACAGCAUACUGAGCAUGGACUCUGUGGGACUUUUGCCGUCCGACACUGGUGGCGCCGGCGCCUGUCAGGCGUCUACUACUAACAAGACAUUGCCUAGAAAUUUCACCUCUGCAGCAGCGGCUUCACUAACAUUGCAAAGCGCCAAUAAGAGACGGUGUUCAGACGGCGGUCUGGGCUCGUGUGCGAAUGGUGGAGGACAAAACGAGGGAGCUAAUUACUGUGGAAAUGGUAAUAACGAAGCGUUGUCGGAAGUAGAACAAUUGGAACGUAGAUUGAAGCAACAGCAAAUUGAGUCGGAAAAAGACAGUAUAUGGUUGGCCGAAGAAGAAACCAACCUCAAAAAGAGGUUGUCUCUAGUGCCCAGUCAAUCGGACAGCGAAUCAAUUGAUGGCAGAUCGUCUCAAACUCCACCUUCGUCUUUAGAUCGUAGCACCAAGACAAAACCUACAGACGAACGAGUAGUCGUAAUAAAGAAAUUGGAACCCACUCCGACAGCCGAUUUGAACCGAAAUAACGAUAAAGUGUACGAAUGCACAACGCUCGUUGUGAAAUCUGUUAUGAUGCUAUCACAAGGUGUACAACAAAAUCAAACCAAUCGAUAUUUAGAACUAGUCAAAGAAGUCGGUCUUCAGUUGCGCGCUUUGUUGACGAGCGUCGACAGUCUGGUGCCAUUUUUCCCGCAAAGUGCUCACAAACAAGUGGAAAUGGCCCAUAAAGUGCUCAGCAAAGACAUGGCCGACUUAGUCAACGCAAUGAAACUCGCUCAAAACUAUUGUCACACGGCCGUUGACUAUUUGUACAACAAAGAUAUGUUGUCUACGGGUCACAUACUAGCAAUGGACGCUAAAAAUUUAUUGGACGUCGUCGACUCUGUACGCAUGCAAUAUCCCGAAGUGGAAGCCAUGAUGAGCGGCCGACAACUGUCGGGGUCUGCUAAAGAGCAAACUCCCAGCGUUGCCGCGUCAUAGUGUAUACUGUUGUAUGCUUAGUAUGAACAUUCCUAUUUGGUUUUUUUAUUAUUUAUUAUUUUUUUUUUUUAUUUAUAUUAUUAGUCAGAGUUUUUAUAUUAAUAGACUUUAUAUUAUUAUUAUGUAUUUAAUUUAUCGACUGCCUUGUAACUUUGAUUUUGUAUAUAUUUUUAUUUGAUUCCACUAAAUCUAGAAAUAAUAUUAAUUGACAGGAAAUAUUUAAACGAACGUUCUCGAUGGAGCAAGAGAACAAAUUUUUUAUCCCAAUCUUACUAGUCAUAUAUCUUAACUAUUAUUAUUGAUUAUGUAAAAAUUUAACCAAACUUAUUUAGCAUGUAAUUUCAAAACGUACCUCUACUCAUUACGUUAAUUAUUUUACUCUUAGGCAAAACAAUUGAGUAUAGAUUUAAAUUGAUGGUAAUAUUCGAAUAAAAAAGUCAGUAGCAAUUUGUUAAUGUUUUAUAAUAACAAUGUGUCCGAUAAUAUUGUUCUCGUUUAGCAAUUACCAAAGUUUAUCCUAAUAAAUAACAAUGGUGCGUUUCAAUUCGGUAGCCCACACAACGCAGAUAUAUUUUAAUCUCUACAUUAAUAUAUUUUUUUUUUUACUAUUAUUAAAACCAAAAAAUGUUACUUUGUGGAAAAUUUAAGAAAUCCCAAAUAACAAUAUUUUAUACUUUUACACGUAAUUGAUAUAAUAAUAACGCAAAAGUACUGCUCGACAGUUUAAUAUGUAAACUAAUUGGCAUUUUGUCUUUUUGCGGUGCACUCGAAGGGCGCGAGAUCAUUUUUGAACGCUACAUAGUCAUUUUGUAUAGUAUUUUUUUUUUCUCAUGUAUUAACCAUAAUAAUUAGUAAUAUCGAUUUGUGAUUUUAUAAUAUUGAAAAGCUCAACGUGUUAUUAUUUCUAUACACUAGUAUAUAUAUAAUGUAA